UGCAAUGUUCUGCAGAGGACGCAGCAUAUAUAAUUGAGAGAAAGAGAUACAAUCUAACCAAACGGUUCUUUCUUCGCAUGGCUCUAAACGAUGUCGGUCGAUACAGGCAAGGGAGAAGAGGAAGAAAGUAAUUCUUCGUAUUUGCUACAUAUAAAUAUAGGUGAUAUACAUCUAGGUACUAUCUAGGUCUAUUACAUAUAGGAUGAAACGAGCAAGUGAUAUGAAACACGAAGUCAUCCUGACAAGCGAGGCCUCCGGGGAGAGCUGCAGUGCCGCAGUCUGGGAUCCAGCAAAUGGUUCCUUGUUAUAUGCUUACAAGAACGCGGGAGUUCUUUGUCAUCGCACUCUUCAGCUUCUGAAUGAUAGCUAUCUAUUAGGUGCCGACUCUAGCAAGCCCUGUAUACACGUGUGGUCAUUGAACAAUCCCUCGCCCGUACGUAAUCUCAGAUUGACCACACCAGGUAAAGUGAGCGCCUUAACUUGUACGCCGAAUGGAUCCUAUGUGAUCAGCGCCGUGGGAGAAAGAUUGCUUAUCUGGCAAAGUUGCAACGGGCGAUUGGUAGCCACUUUGACCGGACAUUUGCAGACCAUAACCUGCCUGUGCACCACGAAAGACGGCUCAUUGUUUGCUAGCGCCGGCGAGGAUGGUCUUGUGUUCGUGUGGUCGCUCUACAGCGCGCUCAACGACGAGCGUUGCGUGGCCGUCCACAAAUUCGCCGACCACAGCUUGCCGGUCGGUGAUCUGCACUUUGGUCAUGGCAGGACUCGCGCGAGAUUAUACUCAGUCUCCUUGGACCGAACAGUAAACAUCUACGAACUCUGUAGCGGCAUUCGGUUGCUCUCGCUAGUGUUCAACAUGCCACUCACGGUCUUCGCUGUAAACAUCCGCGACAGCGAGCUCUUCGUAGGCUGCACCACCGGCGACAUAUUUCGGUGUAACCUACACGAGCCGCCACGUGGCUUAGAGCAACAUGGGAAAGUGGGCUCAGAUAAGGAUGCUGAAAAGAAUAAUGUCUUGUUCAGAGCCCAUAAGUUCCACAUUACUGCUUUGUCGGUAUCAGGGGACUGCCUUACCUUGUUGUCGGGCGCUACCGACGGAGCAGUUCACAUUUGGGAUAUCACCAAUCGGCACGUGCUCAGAACGAUCGAGCACAAAGGACCAAUUACCGCCGCGUUCUUCGCGCAGGCAUUCGAAAAUUUCCGUGCCACCACGUUGAGGCCGCGUUUGGAGUUGCGUAACCUGCAGCAGACCUCAAACGGUAACAAUGGCACCGUUGAGGUAAUUUCCAAAGGACGGGAUUCCAGGGAAAUCUUGAAUUUCGACUCUUACGUACAGGGUGACGUCAAAGAGCCUCUAGCACGGGAAGAAAUGUGGAGCACGAAGCUGAAGUUAAUGAAGGCGGAGGUUGAAAGAUUGAAGAAGGUCAACAACGACAUGUAUCAACAUGUGCACACUUUUGAAUACACUAGAAAAAGCGAACAAUAAUAAAAAGUGAGAAUGAUUAAGAAUGUACAGAGGAUAAGAAGUACAUGAUAAGAAAUGUACUAAAUGAAAGUAUAGGGAUGAAUCCUCUAUACUUUUUUUAGAAAUAAGUUUUUUUUAGAGGUAAAGACUGAUAUGAAUAUGUAUUAUAUGUAUUAUAUGUAUUAUAUGUAUUAUAUGUAUAUGUAUUAACUAUGUAUUAUAUGUUAUAUAUGUAUUUUUGUAUAUAAAAGUGUAUAUAACAGGAGACAGAAAUGUA